GGACUGACUGGGGUUCCCUCAGGUGUUUGGCUCCAGUCAUGGCCGGGAGCUCAGAGAAAGUACCGAUCGCCUCGGCGGGACCGGAGGACCUGCAGCACUUCAUGCCCCCGGCCUACUCCGCUGUGGCCGUGAAGCCCGCCGCCACCGGCCGCCUCCUGAAGGCCGGGAUCGCGGUGCUCAUCGCCGGGGCCCUGCUGCUGCUGCUGGGGGCAGUCGGAGCUUUCUACUUCUGGAACAACAACGAGAAACACGUCUACAAUGUCCAAUACAGCAUGAGCAUCAACGGCAAAGUGGAGGAGGGUACAAUGGAGAUCGACUCGGCCAACAACAUGGAGAGAUUCAGCAUGGGCAGCGGGGCCGACGAGGCCGUGGAGGUCCACGACUUUGAGAUUGGGAUCACAGGGAUCCGGUUUUCAGGAGGAGAGAAGUGCUACAUAAAGACCCAAGUGAAGGCUCGACUGCCUGACGUGGAGACUCUCAACAAGGACUCGAUGACAUUUGACCUGGAGGACGAGGUGAUGCCGGCCAAAUUUGAGGACGACCUGAUCUGGGUGGCGGCUGACACUCCCCUCUCAGACUCCGCCUUCCUCAGCAACAAGAUAAAGGACUUGUGUGGAGAGCUGCCAAUCUUCUGGCUCCGUCCCACCUACUCAACCAGCGGACAGAGGAAGAGGAGGGCCGCCCCCACCCGCCAGCGCCGCCAAGCAGCCGAGGCCGGGCCCGGAGCCGGGGAGGAGGAAGAGGACGUGGAGGCAGAGUUCAACCCAGAGAACCCUUAUCACAGAGGCCUGGAGGGUGAGCAGGGCAACAUGAACAUCGACCCCAUGCUGGACCACCAGGGUGUUUGCUGCAACGAGUGCCGCCGCAGCUACACCCACUGCCAGAGGAUCUGCGAGCCGCUGGGAGGGUACCACCCCUGGCCAUACCACUACCGGGGAUGCAGGGUGGUUUGUAGAGUUAUCAUGCCCUGCAACUGGUGGGUGGCGCGCAUUCUGGGUCUGGUGUAAACACCCCUGCUCAGCAGGGGGAGAUGGAGGGGGAGAAACUAGGGAGGGACAGGGUUGAAAAGAAGAAGGGGAGGUGAAGGGAAAGUUUUAGGGAAGGAAAACGGUGGCUUCUUAUUGUCACAGACUGUAGUUAACUAUGGGUCUGAGCAGAUUCGUACGAAAUGAACGGCGUCGGUGUGUGCCCACACAUUAGAAAUGCAUGGUACAGAAUCUAGGACAGACAUGUUCUCACAUGUAAAGGUACGCAGUGGCUGCACACUGCACAGCUUGUCUUAUUAAUAAAACAUACCUGCUAUGGAUUUAGAUCCUUCUGAACUACAGCACAGAGGUUAUGAUACGCUACACCCAUAUCAACACACCUGUUUCCACCUGCAUUGAUUUCAAACAUGUAGAACGCCACCUAUUUAUCUGUAGGAAAAGCAGGUACGCUUGUAUUUAUAGAGCUGGUUUUUCUUGUCUUUCAUUCUUUGCUUGUUGAUGUAAAUAAAUGUAUAGGGUGCAACAUAUUUCAGUAGCUGGCUUAAAUAGCACCUGCUGUUUGUUUCACUUGUCAUCACUCUAGUGAGAAAUAUUUUUGACUCCUGUGUUUUAACUCUUUACUUUUCCUAUUUUAUCUCCACAAGUAGCUCUCAUUAAAACAAUGUACUGUAUGCGCACUCUCUCACAAUCUUUCAUCUAGAUGUACUUUCAUCUGCGUUGAAGAAGCUCUCUCAAAGUGCAAUAUCACUGAAUAAACUUUUUUAAGUAACUUUAAA